GCCUUGAGCAGCGUUCCCGGUAGGACACAUAACAAUGUAACAACAGCCAUUACAAACAUCCGCCGAUGUUCGCAGGAUUAUGAAAGCAUGAGCUGGUGAUAUUAUUUUAUCUGCGCCAGCGAGCACAAACAGACAGAUGGUCUUGUUUUUUGGAUGGCCUAUUUGGGACGUCGUCUGACCGCGUCUCGCUUCGUUCGCCCGGGUCUGGUGUCGGUCAGGCUCCUCUGCGCGGUCGGGAUGGAGGACAUGGGUCUGGUCAUGGGUCGAUCCCCGCUGGAGCGACUCGACUUCGACAACGUCGCCCUGAAGAAACUCCCCCUGGACCCGUCAGAGGAGCCCGGGGUGCGCUUGGUGAAAGGAGCGUGUUUCUCCCGGGUGAAGCCGCAGCCGCUGACCAAGCCCCGCUUCGUGGCUGUGUCGGACGAAGCCCUGGCUCUGCUCGGGCUCCGCGGGCAGGAGGUCCUGGAUGAUCCGCUCGGUGCGGAGUAUCUGAGCGGCUCCAGGAUCAUGCCGGGCUCCGAGGCCGCCGCCCACUGCUACUGCGGACACCAGUUCGGCCAGUUCGCCGGACAACUGGGAGACGGGGCGGCCUGCUACCUCGGGGAGGUGAAGGUCCCAGCCGGGCAAAGUCCUGAACUCCUGCAGGAAAACCCAAGCGGCCGGUGGGAGAUCCAGGUGAAGGGGGCUGGACUGACACCUUACUCCAGACAAGCGGAUGGCCGUAAAGUCCUGCGCUCCAGCAUCAGGGAGUUCCUGUGCAGUGAGGCGAUGUUUUUCCUGGGUGUGCCCACCACCAGAGCUGGCUCAGUCGUCACCUCGGACAGCAAGGUCAUACGGGAUAUUUACUACAGUGGAAACCCGCGCCAUGAAAGAUGCUCUGUGGUCCUCCGCAUCGCUCCCACCUUCAUCAGGUUUGGAUCCUUCGAGAUCUUUAAACAGGCUGACGAGUUCACGGGCCGACAGGGUCCCAGCUACGGGCGCGACGAGAUCAGAGGUCAGAUGAUGGAUUAUGUCAUUGAGAUGUUUUACCCCGAGAUCCAGCAGAACUACCCAGACAGAGUGGAGAGGAACGUGGCUUUCUUCAAAGAGGUGGUGCUGCGUACAGCUCGACUUGUUGCCCAGUGGCAGUGCGUGGGAUUCUGCCACGGCGUCCUGAACACAGACAACAUGAGCAUCCUGGGACUGACGCUGGACUACGGUCCAUAUGGCUUCAUGGACAGGUUUGAUCCAGAUUUCAUUUGCAAUGCCUCAGACAACUCGGGCCGCUACUCCUACCAGGCCCAGCCGGCUGUCUGCAGGUGGAACCUGGUGAAGCUGGCAGAGGCUCUUGCUCCAGAGCUGCCACCGGCCCGCGCCGAGACCGUCAUGGACGAAUACCUGGAUCUCUAUAACAACUUCUUUGUGGGGAACAUGAGGAAGAAACUGGGCCUGCUGAAGAAGGAAGAACCUGAGGAUGAGAUGCUGAUCACUGAGCUGCUGCAGACCAUGCACAACACAGGCGCUGAUUUCACCAACACCUUCCGCAGCCUCAGUCAGAUCCCCUGUCCCACUGAGGAAGAGAGCGAGGGAGAGGAGGGCAUCAUCAAACAAGCCACAGAGCUGCUGCUGGAGCAGUGCGCCUCCCUGGAGGAGCUCAAGGCUGCCAACAAACCCACCAUGGAUCCACGUGAGCUGGCGAUGCUGUUGUCGAUGGCCCAGAGCAGCCCAUCACUCUUCAACAUGAUCUCAGAUAGAAGGACGAUAGCCAGGCAGCUGGAGAAGCUCAGCAAACUGAAGGAUCUGAUGGAGACGAAUGCAGAGGAGCUGAGGGCCAAACAGAGUGAGGAGUGGACCCACUGGAUCACCCGCUACAGGAAGCGUCUGGCUCAGGAGAUGGAGGGCCAGAGUGACGCCCAGGCUGUGCAGGAGGAGAGGGUGAGGGUGAUGGACAGCACCAACCCACGCGUGGUGCUCAGGAACUACAUCGCCCAGAAUGCAAUAGACGCUGCUGAGAGUGGGGACUUCUCUGAGGUCCAGCGGGUCCUCAAGGUUCUGGAGAAGCCUUUCUGUUCCCAGCCGGGGCUGGAGCUCCCUGCCUGGGUGGGCUGCGGCGGAGCACAGGAGCAGGAAGAGAGAGACGAAGGAGAGGAGGGACAACAGGAGGCAGCAUCUACAUCAGCCCCCAAAGAUCCCGUUCCCUACGACAGCAAGCCCCCAGCUUGGGCGCGUGAAAUCUGUGUCACCUGAUCUUCGUAAUAACUUCCAUGACAGUCGGCUAGCCUGCCUAAAGUGAUAGAGAGAGUUUAUUGUUUUUUUUUUCCCCCAUAUAUAUCUGUAUGCACCUUUGUUAUCCCCCUAUCCUCUGUCGCUGUACAACUCUCUCUAUUGCUUCAGCAGGCAGUGUCAUGGAAGUCAGCAUAAGGCAAGACACCCCAAAGAAAACCUAGUCUAAAUUUCAGCUAAGCACAGAGGGAAUGAGUUUAAGUUUGUUGCAAAAAAAAAAAAAAUGCUUGAUUACAAAUGAAAUUACCACAUCAAACAUGAGGCUAUUAGCCAUCACUGAAACUUUGCGAAGAAGCCCUUGUUCCCUCUCUGCCUCGCGCUUGACUAGCUAUGAAUGAUGACCCAGGCAACCAGUCCUGCAGUGACCUGCCUGAGUUUGAUAACUAGGGGUGUCACCUCAAUAUCAACCAAAUAAUAUCAUCUAUGUGACAGUGAGUAGAUGACAAAAUGUAUGUUUUUCAGUAUGUAAGAAAGUGGAGGAGAAUAUUUGCACUUGAUUAAGCCGCAGCAGAUAACACGCACAAUAUAAUUGCGCAAAAUUAGAAGACAUUGCCUCUCGCCAUUGUCAUAGUAGCACAGAUAAGCACUGAGACACGCAGCAUCACAUCACGUAGUCUAUGUUAUCUCACGUAUUUGAUAUUCAGGGAGCAUCAAAACUGCCAUUGCGAACCACAUCCAAGUGAAGAAAAAAUGGGAACUGUGUAUUUGACUUUUUGGUGAGGCUGUGAUCAUGCAAACUUUUACAAUGUGAGGGAAAAUUCUGUUUCAGAACGCGCUGGAAAAGCAAUUGCGUCGCGCACGCUUUUGUAGAAAGGGACAUAAAAAAUUCCCCAUCAUUACUUUGUCUGGGCUGCAUGCGGUGACUACUCAAAAAGCCGGUUCACUGUACCACUGAUCACAUCCCCCAGCCAUCAAACCUUGACUGUUUUUAGAUGCCAAAAAUGACAUGAAAUGAGAUUUACACUUGUUAUAGUUUUAUUUGUUCCUUAAUAAAUAUGAGCUAUACAAUUCAGAGCUUCCUCAGUUAUAACCUCAACCUUUCCAAAUAAAUUCAGCCGUCAGUAAA